CAUCCGCAGCGACUCGAUCUUUCGCCGUGGGGAGGCCUGUGCCGUGCUUGUUCGGCAUCCGCAUGAUGCCUGGUCUGCCCCCCUGGUCGCGACCGCCUCCGACAGCCUCAUUGGCCAUGCCCUUGGCCAGCCGGAUCUUCCCGGGUGCUCCAGACAUGGGAACAUCGGCUUGGUGGCUGCUGCCCAGCAAACACCCCAUCCCUCCUCUUGCCCGGUUCUUUCUCCGUCUAUUCCAUCUCCACCUCCCCCCCCCGAAACCUCGAUCGGGCUUGAUCCGGACUUAUAAUCCGAAUCACCGUCCCCGCCUUCCAUCGGCAAGGACUCGUGCAUCGUCGCAAGAGCGGCACCGAUCGUCUCUGGCGCCUCCGACGCUUUUCUCCGUUGCUGUGGACCUCGCCACCUUUCCCCCAAACUCGCCUCCCCCCCUUUCCAGCCCGCUCCAAGCCGCCUUUCCUCCUCGCUUGGCCCGCUAGCAUCUGGAUCUGCUGCCUGCCAUGUCCUCGCCUGCUGGUGCUGGGGAAUGCUAUCAGCAUCCGCUCGAUCCCGAGUGCCUGCCUUCGACCAACGCCCUGUAUCUGAUCGCCCUGGCCAUUCUCUGGGCCACAUCCUUGCCAUAUCUCGCUGCGGUAUGGCGGCUCAAGUCCAAGCGCCGCUUCGCCCAUGGCUUUGGCUACGACGCCGUCCCAACGAUCGUCACUGAGAUCCUCCACGACCAAGAGUCGCCCCAGCUCGUGGGCAGCCCCGUCGACGACAUCGAUUUGGCCCCUGAGGAGUGGGUCGUCCCCGAGGCCUCCACCGACACCCAGCCCGACAACGAGCUCGACACCAGCGCAACGUACGGAUACUGGAUCGGAAUGCUGCUGCUCCUGCUUGCUGUCGUGGUCGACUUCCAGUGGUCUUGGGUGUCGUUCUUUCACCUGUAUCUUCGGAACGACGACGGCGGCAGUAGCGACGACAGCGGAGCAGGGUACUAUGGUCUUUUGCAAACCGUCGCCUCGGCCCUGGGACCGUUCCUGCCUCUGCUCUACUCGCUCUCGGUCACCCUGCUGUUCCAUGUGGCUCGACAGCCCGAGCCCUCUGGUCCUGCCUACCGCCAAGAACACAUCAAAGCCAGCAUCCGCCCCUUGCUGAUCAGCCUGUUCCUGAACGGCGUCUUCUCGGUCUCGAUCCUGUGGCUCGAAAGGACUCGGCUCGCUCCUGCCCACAACACCAAUGCCAUCAGCCAGUUUGUCUACGUUCUUGUUGUGGCUGAGCUGGCCCUCAAAGCCCUGUGGACCGUCGAUGCCCUCUGGGUCAUUAUCGGAACCAAGGUCAGGGACGUGUAUAUGUACGAUCCCAAGGACCGCAAGCGCUUCCAAUCCCUUGAGGCUACCGCCGGCAUGCUCUCCCGAUACACCUUUGCCUGGUUCAAUCCGAUCAUGAAGCAGGGCUCGGAGCGCACUGUGGAAGCCUCGGAUAUCUGGGCCUUGCGUCCUGCAGAAACCAUCGACGACGUUAUGGCAGAGUACAGCCGCAUCCGCCUGACCAACCGCCUCCACGCGACGGCAUCGUAUGACUUCAUGGAGGCCCCCAACGAGGACGAGGAGCUGGACGAUGAUGCCCCUGUGCCGUUCUUCUCCAUCAUGUGGAAGAUUGUGCGCAAGCAGCUGAUCACCCAGUUCUUGUUUAUCGUUGGGUCAUCCAUCUUGUUUUUUGCGGGACCCUUCUUCCUCAAUCGCAUUCUCAACUGUCUCCAGAAUGGCAACUGCCCAGACUGGCUGCCGUUCUUCUACGUCGGCACCCUCUUUGCCUUCACCGUGAUCCGUAUCCUCCUCGAUAGCCGUGCCCAGUUGAUCGCGCGACAAGUUGGAAUCCGACUCCGCAACGUCUUGACAGGCUUGGUUUACCAAAAAGCACUGCAUCGUGUCCCGCGUAUGAGCGUCGAUGAUGUCACCGGCAAAACCUCCGCAGCUACCACUGUCGGCAAGAUCGUCAACCUGCUUGCUGUCGAUGCCAGCAAGAUUGGAGACUACCUCGGAUUCGUCUCGAUGCCGAUUAUUGCUGCAAUCCAACUCGUCGUCUGCGUCGUUGCGCUGUAUCAGCUCCUUGGCUGGUCGUCUCUGGCGGGCCUGGGCGCCAUGGUCGUCUUGAUGUGUGGUGGAGCCCCGAUCACAUACUACUUCAAGAACAUCAUGACGACGCUCAUGAACAGCAAUGAUGUGCGCUCCAACGCCGUCAACGAAAUGCUGCAGGGCAUCCGCAUUAUCAAAUUCUUUGCCUGGGAGAAGCAGUUUGAGGACAAGAUCACGGCCCUGCGCGAGAAUGAGAUGCGCAAUCGAUGGAAGCUUGGAGUUAUGAAUAUCCUCUAUCGUGUGGUCUGGUACUCGGCGCCCCUCAGUGUGUCGCUUGUGACUUUUAUCGCCUUCACCAAGAUCGCUGGCCAGGAGCUCACGGCCACGAUCGCGUUCACGGCCCUGUCGCUCUUCAAGUUGCUGCAGAUUCCGCUUCAGCAACUACCAGACAUGAUCAUCCUGUUGAUGGACAGCUGGGUCUCGUGGAAACGCAUCCGCGACUUUUUGGGCGAGGAGGAGCUCGAGAAGUACCGCAGUGAGUUUGAUCCGGACCACAGCCAUGGCCAUGAACGACCCUCGAUUGCGCUCAGACAUGAUGCGCGCUUCACCUGGCGUCCGCUCGGCGCACCUGCGUCGCAGAGCGCCGGACCAGGCUCUGCAGCGGCUGCUACUACUGCUUCCAAGUGGUUUGGAAUCAAAGAGUUCUGGAACCGCCUGCGCGGUGUGGUGGCUGCUCCGGUGACUGCAUCUCCUCCGUGCUUUGAGCUUGUUGACAUCAACAUUGAGUUCCCGCACGACAAGCUCUCGGUAGUCUGUGGCCCGACUGGAUGUGGCAAAACAUCCACCAUCUUGGCUCUCUUGGGUGAGAUGCAUCGCGUGCAUGGCGUCCGCAAGUUGCCCGCGCAGACCCCCGUCGCCUACGUGGCCCAGCAAGCCUGGCUCAUGAAUGCCACCAUCCGAGACAACAUCACUUUUGGCGAGCCUUGGGAUGCCGAAAAGUACCGCCGGGUUAUCCACGCCUGCAGUCUGGUCAAGGACUUUGAGAUUCUCGAGGGCGGCGACAUGACCGAAGUCGGAGAAAAGGGCAUCAACCUGAGCGGCGGCCAAAAGCAGAGAAUUGCACUGGCCCGUGCCGCCUACAGCAGCUCACCCGUCAUCGUCAUGGACGAUCCGCUCUCGGCCGUCGAUGCCCCGACCGCGCGCCACCUCUAUCUGCACUGCAUCAUGGGCUUGCUGAGGGGCCGCACGCGAAUCCUGGUCACCAACGCCAUCGGCCUGGCGAUUCCCGGUGCAGACCAUGUGGUCAUUCUGAAUGAAGGCAGAGUGGAGAUCCAGGGAACCGUCGAGCAGAUCCUCAGCCACAUCCCCAGUCAAGCCAACCCCUUCCUCGACAGUCUCUUGGAGCUGAAGACCGCCGUGCUUUCGGAGCGCGAGGCCUGGCUGGCGUUCCAGUACACCGAGCACCGCUUCGAGAGCCCUGCCGAGACCCUGGACACCAUCAGCGCCGACAAGGAGCGACAGACAAAGUCCAAGCUGACCAACGAAGAAGAGGUUGCCAUCGGCAAGGUCGACUAUUCGGUCUACAAGCUGUACUUCCGAGUUUCGGGUGGAUACGUUGUCUUUGCCAUUCUCAUGUUGGGCUACUUUGCCAACCAGGCUUCUGGCGUCUUCCAGGACGUUUGGGUGCGCUGGUGGAGCGAGGCCUACACGAACGAGUCCUUCUCCGCGCUCUCUUCGGCAGCCUCGGCUCUGCCGGUGCCAUUCUUGGACAUGGACGAGAGCUCGCACGCUCUGUCGUCGUUCCUGUCCCGGGCUCAGGCCUUUGUUCUCUCCAACCGAGCCACUAUCACCAGCGCCAGCGCCAGUCUCGCCUCGGUCGGGUCGUUCAGGCCCAUUGAAAACCUGGACUUUUAUCUGAUCGGCUACUUCUUGAUCGGCGUCACAACCAUGUUUGCGAUCACCUGCCGCCUGGCGCUCCACUACUGGGCCCAGAUCAAGGCCUCGCGAACCCUGCACCACUUGCUGCUGCUCAGGAUCCUCAAGGCUCCGAUUCGAUUCUUUGAAGUCACCCCGAUCGGCCGCAUCCUGAACCGCUUCACCAAGGACAUGGUGUCGGUUGACGUUGAGCUCAGUCUCUGGACAGGCGGCGUCAUGUUUUACGUCGUCUAUCUCUUCUGUGUCUUGGUGGCCGUCGGACUCGCCAUUCCAAGCAUCUUCAUAUCUCUGAUUCCUAUCGUUUACAUCUACUACAAGAUCGCCAAGUACUACAUCCGCACCUCGCGCUGCCUGAAGCGUCUGGACUCGGUCUCCAAGUCGCCGAUCAUGUCAUACUUUAGCGAGACUCUCAGCGGCGUGUCCACCAUCCGCUCGUUCCGCAGCGAGGUGCGAUUCAGCAAAGAGUUCAGCUCGCGAGUCGAAGCCUUCAACCGCGCCAACUACUUCCUGGCCAUCUCCAACUUGUGGCUCGCGGUGCGCAUCCAAGGCGUUGCUGCCCUGAUUGUGCUGGCUGUGGGUGUCUCUGUGCUCUCGGCCGGACUCGAUGCCAGUCUCGUGGGCCUCUGUCUCAACUUUGCACUCACAGUGACGGAUGCACUCACGAACCUGGUGCGCGCGCAAGCCGGCUUGGAAAUGUCCAUGAACAGCCUGGAGCGGCUGCAGGAGUACAUGGUCAUUGACCAAGAAGCCCCUGCCAUCAUUCCCAACAACCGCACGUCCCCCUCGUGGCCCGAGCACGGCGCCGUCUCGAUCCAACACUUGGUUAUGAAGUAUGCCGUCGAUGGUCCUCCCGUCUUGGACGACAUCAACCUGAUGAUCAGCGCCAAAGAGAAGGUCGGAAUCGUCGGACGCACCGGUGCUGGCAAGUCCACACUUUCGCUGGCUUUCUUCCGGUUUAUGGAGCCUGUUUCGGGCACGAUCGUCAUCGAUGGGGUCGACAUUCGCAAGAUUGGCCUCGCGGACCUGCGCUCGUCGCUCACCAUCAUCCCGCAGGAUCCCGUCCUGUUCGCUGGAACCAUCCGCACCAACCUCGAUCCCUUCAGCACGCUUACGGACGAUGUUCUCUGGGAGGCCCUCAAGCGCGCCCACCUUGUCGACCCCGAGUCAGCCCAUGGCUCGCGAGUGCAAUCGCCGGUGCCGACCGAUGCACCUGAGCCAGAAGCCAAGUUCAACUUCAGUCUCGACACCACCAUCACGGAGGGCGGCGGCAACAUCUCGCAGGGCCAGAGGCAGCUACUGUGUUUGGCUCGUGCUCUGGCCAAGAAGAGCCGCAUCGUGAUUCUGGACGAGGCCACGGCGAGCGUUGACACCGAAACUGACCGACGCAUCCAAGAAACCAUCCGCGCUGAGCUGUCGGACGCAACUAUCCUGACAAUUGCCCACCGUCUGCGAACUGUCAUGGACUACGACAAGAUUCUCGUCCUCGAUCACGGCAAGGUCAAGGAGUGGGGCACACCGCUCGAGCUGAUCGAGCGCAAAGGCGGUAGCGUCUUCAGGAGCAUGUGCGAGGAGACUGGCGAGCUCAACGAGUUGAUCGAGAUUGCCCAGAGACAGCGAUUCAACUAGGAGAUCGGCCAAGCAGCGCGAAUCAGCUCUGGAGUGACCCCCAUUGAUCCUCGGUGAUUUGGUGGUCCUGCAUCCGGCUUUCAUCGGACGGCUGCGCCUGGAGUCUCCCAGGAGUCCCUCAGACAUGCGAUUACUUGCUGGAUUGUGUUGGCCAGCCACUCUCCAUCCCCUUCCAGAGAGGAUCCGCCUGUAGUAGACCCAGACCAGAUCGACUUGCGCUGGACUGCCCAUGGUCUCUUGAUCUUGAUCGUCCCAUCAUGUUUUCAAUACAAGUCCCUCCGACUCCAACGCA